GUUUUCUUCAUCUAUGCACAGUAAGCGAUUCUUUCCAUCGUUUUCCACUCGAACUAAAUCGCUCCGCGAUUGGGAGAUCCAGGAGAUCGCGACACGACGAGUUUCAAUGGUACGGUACAGACGACCGAUUUGACAAACAUCUCGGACGUGUUGUCACAACGAGAUUCUGGAACACGAGAGAUUUUGCGAGAGGCUACGAGGGAUAUGCGCGCCACAGGACGAGCUAAUCGCGAUCACAGUCGCGUUCUCUGAAGGCAUCCUCUGUGUCGUGACAGCCUGAGAUAAUCUGCGCUAGAAGACGACGAGGAUUUCCCGUUGAUAUGGCCGUCGUCGAGGAGUUCGAUUAUUUGUGCCGUUUGUGCGCGACCAAAACCGGCAUCCUGAUGGGGCUGCCGAUUUUCGAGGCCGGCGAACAAAUGCGCAACAUCGACAAGAAAAUAGCAGCUUGUCUGCCGGUUCAGGUAUCAUUGACAGAUCAGUUACCCAAAGUGGUUUGCGAAGAAUGUGCGUUUAAAUUAGAUCAGCUGUUUGAUUUUCGUGAAAAAUGCCUACAUACAGAAGGAAUGUUUAUGGAGAUGUUGAAAGAAAUUAAAGAGGAAGUUGUGCAUAUAUCAGAGCACGAGUUGGCAAGAGUGAAUAAUAUGGGCACUGUUCGGAGAAACUUGAACAACAUACAGAUUAAUAAUGAAGAUGUACAAAGUCAUUCAGCUAUAUCUCAUGAGACUGUGGAAUCUACCAUGCAUACAAUGCAAGUAAUAGAUGAAAUGGAUUUAGCUGGUGGCGAACAAGUGGUUACUCAGGAAGAGAUAGGGCAGCAAGACGCGGACAUUCAAGUGGCGGGCAUUGACUGUUUAGAUGGCGAUACCGUGAGAAUGGUCGAUGAACAUAUACGAGAAGUUUCAAACCAUCAGAUUGCAAUGCAUUUGGAGAGUGAUAUGACCGUAGUGGGAAAUUUGGAUGGUCAUUUGAGUCAGUUAGGGAUUAAUUAUGUUACUUCUAUCAAUCCUGAAGAUCAAAGCCAAGAGCAGAUAGUACAUUAUUGUGAAAAUGUAAAAUAUGAGGCAGGGCCAAUAAAACAGGAAUAUCGUACAUUACAAAAUAGAUUAACUACAGAAGAUUCGCAACAUGUACUUGAAAAUAAUGUAUCUACGGAUAAUUUUGGCUCCUCUCAUGCUGACGCAGAAGCCGAGAUAGAAGAAUCUUGUAUGAACGAAAAUGGAAUUCGCGAACAUGUCGAUUCAGUAAACACUUUACCGUCUACAAGUCAGAUAAAUGACAUAUCUUGCGAAAUAAUGGUUAAAUACACGAAGGAAUCGAAGCACACAUUGCUAGAAUCUGCGCUCAAUAAUCCUACCAUGGACGAAACUGGUUCGCAUUGGUACAUGUGCCCGUUCUGCAACGAGGCAGCUUUAGAAACGAGCAGUCUGGCGGCGCAUUUCGAACAACAUUUCUGUCGCUGUUGUUGCGAUUCAUACUUUACCAGCGUCGAGAUGUUAAAUUUACAUAAGGAGCAGUGUAUUGUAUAUAAAGAUAAACUAGUCGAUAAGAAAAAGAAAGAUAUACAAUUGAACGUAGCGACACCGUCGCAAGAGAGAAAUGGCAAUCAAGAAGAGCAAAAGAAACAAUCACCAACGGUGAAACGGAAAUGGACCGCGAAGACCUGCGACGAAUGCGGCAAGCAGUACAGAACGAAUUACAAACUGCAAGAGCACAUGCGCAAGCAUACAGGCGAGAAACCGUUUCAAUGUACGACAUGCGAGAAGGCAUUUCGCAGCAAGAUCGGUCUCGCGCAACACACGGCCACGCACACGGGUCAAUUCGACUACAAUUGUUCUACCUGCGGCAAGGGAUUCCAGUGUAAGAGCUAUCUCAUUGUACAUCAAAGAGUGCACUCGGACGAAAAGCCAUAUCCGUGCAAUACAUGCGGUCAGAACUUCAAGACGAAGCAAUCAUUGUUGGAUCACGAGAACCGUCAUCUCGGCGUGAAGCCGUACAUGUGCGAAAUCUGCGGCCGUGGUUUCAUCACCAAGGGCCUCUGCAAGAGUCAUCAAAAGAUACAUUCGGGUACGGACAAUCGCCAAUACCCGUGUGCAGUGUGUAACAAAAUGUUUGUCAGCAAGAGUUACCUCAACACGCAUCUACGCAUUCACACGGGCGAGAAGCCGUAUCUGUGCGAAGUAUGUGGAAAGGGAUUCCUGACGCGAGUUGAUCUCAAGAUCCAUUCGACCAUGCAUACCGGCGAGAAGAGCUUCAAAUGCGAAAUAUGCGGGAAGGUGUUUGCCCGACGUGCGGCGCUACGCUGUCAUCGACGAUCGCACACGGGCGAGCGUCCUUACAGAUGCGACGUGUGCAAUAAAACAUUUACGCAGUUCAGUCCGAUGGCCAUUCACAAGCGUUUGCACACCGGUGAACGACCGUACAAGUGCGACGCGUGCGGCAAAGGCUUUGUGUCCAGGUCAACCAUGAUGUGCCACAGAAAGAAGCAUCACGAUACAACGACCGCUGUGCAAAAGGAUGCGCCUACAAACGAGGACGGGGAGAUAAAAAUCAUCCUCCCGUCCGAUAUCGUGGUCAGAGAUUCACACGACGGAAUUCAAAUAACGUAGAUUGAAGAAGUCGCAAGGCGAAGAUGACAUAUGAAUUUCGCGAGAAUCGCGAUAAGGUGCAAAGUUCCGGGGUGCUAAGGAAAUUUCAUCCGCAUUUGUUACAUAACAAACUGCUUUCGUCUCACCAUAGUGUAUUCUCUCUACCAAUGUAUAUUCAAAAACUUUAUAUAAAAAUAUUUUUACAAGGAACAGAGUUCUUGUGGUAUAUGAAAAUAUAAUUAGAAGUUAAAUUGGAUUAUUGAUACAACAUAUAUGAUUUUAUAUGUUUUCUACAACAGUAUCAUUCUUUAAUUCUCUUUUUGAAGCAACAUAUUGUAAUUUUAGGUAAUGUAAAUAUAAAUCUUUUAUAUCAAUUUUUCUGUAUUGUUUUUUAAUAUGUUAUAAAAAUCUAAUAAUUGUUUCUCGGAUAACUAGGAUAAACGAAUGAACAUAAUUUGUAAUUUUUGAAAGGUUAUGAUACAAAUGAAUUUAAUGAUAUAAAUUCUUUUACAAACAAUAUGAGAACAUAUGUUUUAUAUAGAAUACAAAUCUAAUAGUAGUCAAAUUUUAGACAACCGAUGAUAUUAAUGAUAAAGAUUAAGACAUGACUUACUUUUAUGAUUUGAGAUUUUAUGAAGAAUAAGUUUGAAUGUGAAAAAUGAGAGUAUAAAAAAGGUAUAUUUUCGAAUAUUUAAUAUUAUAUUGAUAUAUAAUAUGUAUAUAAAAUAUGUAAAACGCGAUUAAUUUUACUUUAUUCACUAAUACACAUACACAUUAUUUGUGUAUAUUAAACUUUUCUUAAAAUUAUACAUUCUUUUUUAUAUAUUUCUGAAUUUUUGUGUAUCCGUCACAUAAAAAAAAAAUGUUAACAGUGUUGUAUAAAAGUAAGAUAUUUUCUUAUAUAUACUAUAACAAAGUAUUAUUUAGAACAAAUCGAAGGCUGAUGCAUUUUUACAGCAAAACACUAUACGAUGAUUACGAUGCUUCUGUAACGAUAAAAAUUUUCGGAAUUAUAAUGAAAGAGAUUUCAAAGAGAUAGAUUUAACUAUAAAUAAGUGUAUGCUGCCAUAUUUUUAUGUGUGCAGCUAUAUCCGAAAAUAUCCCAACAAAUAUAAAUCAGCUUUCUGUGCACGGCAACACAAACUAGAAAUUGUGAUAUAUAAUAAAAUAAUUGAAUAUAUUAUUUGUAAGAUUACACACAAUAUGAUUGUAAUAUUUUAUUAUUAACAGAAACUCUCUUGUAAGAGAAAAUAUAAAGAGCUUUA